GAUAUUCCGAGAUGGGGCGGCCGCGGAGGCAAGCGGUAGUGCGGCGGAGAGUGGCGGCGGAGGAAGAGUACCCCGGAUGAUGAGGGAAGACACGGUGGAGAUAAGCAGCGAGAAUUCAGGGCCGACCAGAUCCCGCUCGGAUGAUGAUUUUGACGACGAACAUAAUCAUCAUUACAACGAGGAAGAGGAUGAUCACGGCACCAAGAAAAAGAGGAAAAAAUAUCACAGGCACACUGCUGAGCAGAUCAAAGAAAUGGAGGCGUUAUUCAAGGAGUUUCCUCAUCCGGACGAAACCCAAAGACAGCAGCUUAGCAAACAACUAGGCCUUCAUCCUAGGCAAGUCAAGUUCUGGUUCCAAAAUAGACGAACACAAAUCAAGGCUAUACAGGAACGCCAUGAGAAUUCAUUACUAAAAUCCGAAAUAGAGAAACUUCGUGAGCAAAACAAGGAAUUACGGGAGGCGAUUAAGAAUAAUUGUUGUCGUAAUUGUGGGUUUUGUAGCAGUUCAGGCAAAGUGUUACUGGCGGCCACCGGAGAACAACAACUUCGAAUUGAAAACGCAAGACUCCGAUCUGAGGUUGAGGAGAUGCGAACAGCAAUGGGAAAAUACCCAGCACCAGCAGUAGCUGCAACAACAAGAGGAACAUCGCCUAAUAAUUCUUCAUCAUGUUCAGGGGGGAUUGGGAAUGAGCAAGAGAGCAUUACCAGGGGCUCCUACACUGGCAUUUUCGGGCUAGAAAAAUCAAGGACGAUGAUGGACUUCCUUGACAGGGCAGUGCAAGAGCUGAAGACGAUGGCCACUUCUGGGGCACCAUUGUGGAUACAAAGCUUGGAGUCGGGGCGUCAGGAGAUUCUCAAUUAUGAUGAAUAUGUGAAAGCCUUUCCAUUGAUAGAGGAAUGUGGUCCCACCACGGCUCCUCUGCCGAAGAGAGUAAUCGAGGCGUCAAGAGAUGCUGGGAUAGUGUUCAUGGAGCUUCCUCGCCUGCUUCAUUCUUUCAUGGAUGCAGUAUGCAAUUAGUUGCUUAACCUGUUGUGUUAAUUACAUUAAAUACAAGCAUUAAUUGCAUAGUAAUACAUUGGCACUUCAUAAAAAUAAAGUUUACAUUCUCUCAUUUAAAAAAGAAUAUGACAUUCUUAAAUUCUCAACACCUCAUUUAAUCUUGUGAAAUCAUUUUGUAAUAAAGCUUCAUUUUCUGAGUGAUCUAGGGAGUAUGCACUCAUAUCAUCAUGAAUUAAGUAAUGGAAUGGCUUCUUGCAAGGGUGGAUCAAACUUAUAAUUUUAUAAAACUAUAAUUAAUUGCGUUGCAGAAUCAAUGGAAAGAAAUGUUCCCAUGCAUGAUCUCAAAGGCAUCAACGGUGGAUGUUAUUUGUGCAGGGGAAAGAGCUAAUAACGGUAACAACUGGAGUGGUGCCGCUCAAUUGGUAUGUGAU